CUCUCGCUCAUAAAAUACAAGUACAAAAAUACACUUUGCCUUCAAAACCAAUGUUUCCUUCCAUUCUGCCGUAUCAAACUUCGCUGUUUUAAUAAUUCUCCCUUUCUCAACAGUUCUAUAAUUUAUUUUUUGUGGGUUCUACUUUUCUGUUAUUUCCCCUUUCCAUCCACACUUGGAUUUGCUUAUUCGAGUUUCCUAAACCAUUUCAUGCUUUUGGCAUCGAAUCUGUGAACAAUUAUUGUUCUUGCUUUCUACAUCUGGAUCUUUUAUAUUUUCUCAAAACAAUCCUGUUAGUCGUACAUAAGACAAUUUGUAACAACAGAAAUUAUUCGAAAGUCCUCCGCAGUGUCUCCAGCAAAAGCACUUGGAGGUUGCGAAUUGACCAGAGAAAAGGCAAACAGAAAUUUUAAUGGAUUUUGAUCAGAAAUGAAUGGUUUUUUAAUGUAAAUUUUUGGUGUCAAAAGAAUUGUUAAAGAGUUUGGGAGAUGCAGCAGCAUGGGGAGCAUCUUGAGGAGGAGCUGAAGAAGAAAACAGAGAAAUUGAGGAUAACCGAAAGAGAGAUGGAUCGAGCACUUGAUGAGCUGAAAGAUAUGAAAAAGCUGGCUUUGGAGGCCAACAUGAAGCUUAGUGAAACGAUGUCCCCCAAGAAGGUCGCAGAGAUAAAAAUGGAGCUGAGUUCAGUACAGGAUUCAUUGUCGAUUGCAAGUCAAGAACUAAAGCUCAAACAAAAGGAUAUCGAGUCUUUGAAACUCGAACUGGAAAAGGCAAAAGGGUUGGAGCUCAAACUGGCAGAGAGGGACGCCUCACUGCAGAAGUUAAAAAUGGAGUUGAGUACUGUCACGACCUCUGAGGCUAAUGCGCGAGCCUUACUGUCUGAAAGUAAGAUACAAAUUCAGGAAUUGGAGGUGGAAAUAAAGAAGGGAAAGGAAUCGGAUAUGAAAACGUUUGAUUCAUUGGUGGCACAGACAAAACAGCUUGAGCAAACCAAGAUCUUGCUUGAAGAGUCAAAGCUCGAGGUUGCUUCUCUUCGUGAGGAAAUGAAAAAAUUGGAGGGUUCAUCCGGGCAGAGUGGAUUUGCAUCCCAAAGUUGCCCGGAGGACAACCUUGCUAUGCAAAAAGCGUUGGAGAGUCUCAGGUCUGAGCUCCUAUUAGCAAAAGAGCAUUUGGCUCAUGCCCAAGAAGGUGAGAAAAUUGCUUCCUUGGAGGGAAAGACUCUCCUCGAGGAAAUGGAGUUGCUUAAAAAUGAACUAAAGUUGGCAACUGAGUUAGAAGGGAAUGACAAGAAGGCGAUGGAUGAUUUAGCACUGGCACUAAAAGAAGUGGCAGCAGAAGCGACCCGGGCGAAGGAGAACCUGGGCGUAACCCAAGCAGAGCUAGAGUACUCAAAAGAGGAGGCAGAGAAUUUGAAAUUGAUGCUACAGAGCAAGGAGGAGAAAUACGAAGAACUUUUGGGUGAGGCAAUGAAAGAAGCUGAUCAGUAUAAAAAUACAGCAGAGAGGUUGAGAUUAGAGGCUGAAGAUUCACUCUUGGCAUGGAAUGGGAAAGAAACCGGCUUUGUUGAUUGCAUCAAAGGAGCAGAAGAGGAAAGGUUUGCUGCACAAGCUGAGAGCAGCAGAUUGAUUGAGUUGCUCACAGAAGAAGAGAAAAAGACCAUGGCAUCCAAGGAAGAAAAUCAAAAGCUGCGGGAUAUACUUAAACAGGCUUUAAAUGAAGCUAAUGUUGCGAAAGAAGCUGCAGCAAUUGCAAGGGAUGAAAAUUCCCAACUCAAGGAUAGCCUGGCCGCGAAGGAGGAUGCCUUGGAUUUCCUUACCCGAGAGAAUGAAAACCUUACUAUCAACCACGCCGCUGCUUUUGAGAACAUCAAAGAGUUGAAGAGGUUGCUUUCUGAGACAGUAACAAAGGAGCUGAAAAAAGAAGAGAAGGAUAAAUCGACAAAAGCAGAAGAUUUCAAUACUCAAAACUCAGUGAAUAAGGAACAUAUAAAAGAUGGCAACCUAAUGAGCAGAGCUUUCAGUUUGAAUCACAAGGAGCUGAAACCUCCAAAUAAACACAAGGAUCUGGACGGUCAACAUGAAAUGGAUUUACCAGAUUCUACAGCCCAUUUCAGCAAAAAGCCCUUGUCUGUAUUCACAGAUGGUGGAGAAACAGUACAUCCAGGCGAUUUUGGUGGUCUGGAUGGAACCCAUUUUGAGGACUUGGACAAUGAUAGAAGCUCAAGAAAAAAGAGAGCAUUACUACGAAGAUUUGGAGAUCUAAUGAGGAGAAGAAAUUUUCAGAGAAAGGAAACCAUCAUUGAAUAAACCUUUUUGAGCACACGAGUUUUUCCCCCACUACUCAAUUCUGAUUCUUCCACUAUAUGUUCAUUCUAGUUUUGCUUUUUCAAACUUUUUAUACAGUUCAUUUUGAUCAUGUGAACAUGCUCCCAACCAUCUCUCUAGAGGCAUGCGCAGUUUUACUUAA